GCAGCAGCAGCUCCAGCAGCAGCAACAGCACAGGAAGUCACCAGUCGAGUGGAGACGAACGCUUUCCCUGCAACUACAGAAGGCCGAGGGUGACGUCCAUGCCGGCUUUGCUAAACUGAUGAGUGAGCUGAACAGGCCAGGAAGACCCUACUCCCUCAGCCUGGCCAACAGGCUGUACGGAGAGCAGUCCUACCAGUUUGUGGAGGAGUUUCUUGGGGAAACCAGGAAGUACUACAAUGCGGAGCUGGUGCCUGUGGAUUUCUAGAACAAUGCAGAGAAGGCCAGGGUUGACAUCAACACCUGGGUGGAGAAACAGACACAAGAUAAGAUCAAGGACCUGCUGAAAAAGGGAACAGUGGCUGCAGUGACCAGGCUGGUGCUGGUCAACGCCAUCUACUUUAAAGGCAACUGGGACGAGCAGUUCCAGGCGGACCUCACCGACGAUGCGCCGUUCAGAAUCAACAAGAAAGAGACUAAAACAGUGAAGAUGAUGUACCAGACAGAAAAGGUCCCUCUCACCUUCAUUCCUGAGAUCAACUGCCAGAUCCUCGAGAUACCCUACACAGGGAAAGACCUCAGCAUGCUUGUCUUUCUACCCAAUGAGAUGGAGGACAAGACCACAGUACUGGAGAAGAUAGAGAGCAAGCUGACUUAUGAGAGGUUUGUGGACUGGACUCGUCCAGACACGAUGCACAAGACGAAGGUCGAAGUUGGCCUGCCUCGUUUUAAGAUGGAGGAAACCUAUGACAUGAAAGCGAUCCUGACGAGCAUGGGAAUGAGGGAUGCCUUCGAUGAAGGGCGCAGUGACUUCUCUGGCAUGUCCACAGCCAACAAGCUGGUGUUGUCCAAGGUGGUACACAAGGCAUUUGUGGAGGUCAACGAGGAGGGCACAGAGGCUGCUGCUGCCACUGGUAUCACCAUGACACCACAAAGUUUCGUAAUGCCCGCCACCUUCAUCGCAGAUCACCCUUUCCUCUUCUUCAUCCGACACAACCCCAGCAAUGGCAUCCUUUUCGCCGGCCGAUACUGCUCCCCUGCAUGAGCAGUGUCUCCUAAGAGCAGAUGUGGGCCACCAGAUUUUUUCGUCCAACCAUUACCGCAUCAUCUGAUUUCACUGGUUGGUUUGUCCUCUUUGGCUGAAGGUGCACUCAUCCAUGAGAUCAGCCGGUGUAGCGUUUGGUGGGGUGGAAACCCUGCAUCUUGGCACUCUGCGGCACAUAGAUGCUUAUGUCUGUCUACUUUAGAGCGUAUACAUGCCACCAGAUCACAGUGAUUCAUCACACUUUGAGUUGCUUUCCCAUAUUUUCGAGGCAAGGUUGCUGUCAGAAAUCCUUGUAGGGAAGAUAGGAUAUAGGAUUUCUACAGGAUUUUCAAACAUUUGUAUGAGGUUGCUUAAUCUGGGCAAAACUGUGUCGUGUUUAUCCACAGUCGUCAUUUCAUUCCGUGUUUGUUCUGUGCUCCACAUUAUGGAGACAUUAUGCCUUUGCACUUUAUGUCUUGUAUACCCUUAUUCAGCAGCCUAAAGAUCUCAAGCAUGUUAUGGCCUACAUUGCUUUUCUAUGGCAUCCUGUGCACUAAUGUCUGUGAUUAUAUACCCACACACUGCACGUGCAGACUGUAUUUUGUCGUUUUACAUCUUACUUCCAUGAACUUUUUAUGAUUUGCAUUCAUUAUGCUUUACAUUGUGCUGGUUUGAACAGCUAACAGAGGUGUUAAAUGUUACUCCACCCUCUGUAUGUGUUAGUGCUACACUGUACAAGGGUUAGGGUUAGGGUAUUGUCAGACCCAGAUGAUAUUUGUGCCUUUAUCAUAAUUGUUAUGUUACAUACUUAUAACUGUACAAGGUGCAACUAUACACGUAUUGUCCUUUAUGAUGAAUGGAUGGAGGGUGAAGAACUAGAGUUUUAAAGAAGACUUGAGUUUGCAUUGAUUACAGGAUACUGUAAAGUGUGCUCAUACUUAUGCAGAAGAAAAUAAAAAGGAUUA